GUUUUUUAGGCCACGAAAGCAUAUAGUAUGCUUUUGCGAGUGUACACCUCAAUGUCAUCACUUGUCAUAUUGGCACUUUCCUUCUAAAUUAGUCCCUCCAUUAGCUCUCUGUCACUCUUAUCCAUUUCUUUCCAUUCAGUUCCAUCCCUUAAUAUUACAACCCAUAACAAACAGCUGAGAUAGCAGUAAUUAAGAGUGAAGUUCAUGGAAUCAAGAAACUUCCUCCGUUUCCUCCUAAUCUUUGCAAGUGGAGCUCUUCUUUUACUCUUCACUUGGACUCAUCUCCCCUACGCUACACCCCCUACCACGGCUGACUUCCUCGACUGUGCCACCGCCACCACCUCCCUUUGGUGCACCAGCUCCAAAAACCGUUUCCAAUCCAAAAAUAUCCUCAAGAAACCGCCAAGACCCACUCGCCAACACAACCAUGACUCCGACGUCCCCCACCAUCCGCUUGAUCCUUUAACCAUUAAAGAACUUAACAAAGUCCGUACAAUCCUAUCAUCGCAUCAGCUGUUCAAGUCGUCAUCUUCCUUUGCUCUUCACUCUGUAGUCUUGGAAGAGCCAGAUAAGUCGCUUGUUCUUAGAUGGCGAAAGGGAGAUCCCAUGUUGCCAAGAAAGGCUGCCGUGGUCGCACGUGUCAACGGCCAAUCACACGUGCUAACGGUGGACUUAACUACGAGCGAGGUUGACAUACAAGAAACGAAUCCACUAUCCGGUUAUCCGACGAUGACGAUAGAGGAUAUGACUACAGCGACAUGGGCUCCACUAUCAAACGCUGAUUUCAACCGUACGAUCAUCCAGCGUGGAGUUGCUCUUAAGGAUCUGGCUUGCCUGCCCAUAUCUCUAGGCUGGUAUGGUAAAAAUGAAGAGAACAGGAGAUUAAUUAAGGUACAGUGCUAUUCCAUGAAGGGCACUGCAAACUUUUACAUGAGGCCAAUAGAAGGGUUGACUGUUCUGCUUGACAUGGACACUAAAGAGGUAGUGGAGAUAUCAGACAAAGGAAGGAACAUACCCAUACCGAAGGCCGCCAAUACAGAUUAUCUUUACUCCACCGUUAAAGUCAACCAACAGAUGAAGCUGGUCAAUCCGAUUUCCAUAGAGCAACCAAAGGGGCCGAGUUUUACUGUAGAAGAUAAUCACUUGGUUAAAUGGGCAAACUGGGAAUUUCACCUUAAACCCGACCCGAGAGCUGGGGUUAUUAUUUCUGGCGCUAAGGUCCAGGACCCGGAUACUGGAGAGACGAGGAACGUGAUGUACAAAGGGUUUACAUCAGAGUUAUUCGUGCCAUAUAUGGACCCUACUGACGCGUGGUAUUUUAAGACUUACAUGGAUGCGGGUGAAUACGGGUUCGGAUUGCAGGCCAUGCCCCUUGACCCGCUUAAUGAUUGUCCCCGGAAUGCCUACUACAUGGACGGAGUGUUUCCCGCCGGUGAUGGAACGCCAUAUAUCCGAUCAAACAUGAUUUGCGUGUUUGAGAGUUAUACUGGUGACAUCGGGUGGCGGCACUCCGAAAGCCCGAUUACCGGUAUGGAGAUUAGAGAAGUCAGGCCAAAAGUGACGCUUGUGGUGAGAAUGGCAGCAUCAGUUGCUAACUAUGAUUAUAUAGUUGAUUGGGAGUUCCAGAUAGAUGGGCUAAUCAGAAUUAAGGUUGGACUUAGUGGAAUUCUGAUGGUGAAAGGCACCUCAUAUGAAAACAUGAAUCAAGUAGCUGGCAAAGAAAAUCUCUAUGGUACCCUUUUAUCAGAAAAUGUGAUCGGUGUCAUCCAUGACCAUUAUAUCACAUUUUAUCUUGAUAUGGACGUUGAUGGCUCUGAUAAUUCCUUUGUUAAGCUAAACGUCCAAAAGAAACGUACCUCACCUGGAGAAUCACCUAGAAGAAGCUACUUGACAGCUAAAAGAAAUGUUGCGAAGACUGAAAAAGACGCACAAAUCCAACUCAAACUUUAUGAUCCGUCGGAGUUUCAUGUGAUUAAUCCGAAUAAAAAGACUCGUGUGGGAAACCCGGUUGGUUAUAAAGUGGUGCCUGGUGGCACCGCUGCUAGCUUGCUUGACCUUGAUGAUCCUCCACAGAAACGUGGAGCAUUUACAAAUAAUCAAAUAUGGGUCACUCCAUAUAAUCGGAGCGAGCAAUGGGCCGGCGGGUUAUUUGUUUACCAGAGUCAAGGUGAAGACACUCUUGCUGUAUGGUCCGACAGGGAUCGUCCAAUUGAGAACAAGGACAUAGUAGUGUGGUACACAUUAGGAUUCCAUCAUAUACCAUGUCAGGAGGAUUUUCCAAUAAUGCCAACAGUAUCAGCCAGCUUUGAUCUUAAGCCAGUCAAUUUCUUUGAGAGCAACCCUAUUCUUCGGAUCCCACCAAAUGUUGAGAAAGAUUUGCCUGUUUGUAGACCUUCAGAUUCUGCUUGAAGUGGCAUAGUACCAAAUAAUUUGCAUAAUUUACAAAUGUAGCAGGUUGUCCCAUGGCUUGGGAAAUAAAAUUGCGUAUGGUCUCCUUGUACAAAUAGCAUAUAUUAAAUGAAAAUAUUGUCAUGCUCUCAAAUAAUGUCAUAAAAAAUAAUGAUGAAACACUAAUUUAUUUUCAACCAAAA